AUGAAUGUAUAUGUAUACAUUUAUUCAUUAAAACAUUAAUGGAGUUUUUAUUGAGUUGUGUUGGUAGCAUUGAAAUAGUUACAUACAUAACCUCAACUUUUAAAUAAAAUUUAUUUUAUAUUUCUUAAAAUGGAUAAUAUUACUCAAUAUGAUUAUUAUUAGUAUAAAUAUUAGUAAAAAGUGGUAAUAAUCAAAAAGAAUAUGGGAACGAGUUUAUUCCAAUAGCAAUGUACCUAAAUUCACUACUGUUUAUACCCUACAAAAAAUCAAUAAAACAGAAUGCCUCAAACGCCGAAAGAAGCUGUUCGAAGACUAAAACGAUAAAAAUGUACACGUGCCGCGAUUUAAACUACACAUUAUUAAAAUGAUAAACGCCAACCAAAACAUACUGUUCACAGCAACGAUUUUAGCACUGUGUGUGAUCUCUUUCGUGCACGUUUUUUUGUUCCCUUUGUACGAUAUCAACGCAAAACAUACAACAGUAAAACGAUACGCGGACUUCGAACAACGCAUUUGUAAAGGUAACAUUAAACGAAGAGUAGUUUUCAAGCAUCGAAGAUGUCCCCAACAGGGUAUCGUAACAGUGGAACAAGGAGGAAGAUUGGGAAACCAAAUGUGGGCAUAUGCGAGCGUUUGGGCGAUCGGAAGACGAACUGGAUUGGAAACUUACGUGCCACAAUGUAUCCGUGCUGAAUUAGAUAAAGUAUUUGACGUUUUAUCCGUACCAAGUUUUGAAGAAAUCGGCCAUUGCGAGUUAAACCGUUUCGUACGAUCAGUCGAUUCGUGGAAUUACACAAACCAAAGUAUUAUAUUAAAGAAGUACACGAUGGAACUGGAAAUUGUUUUAUCAUGGGUCCAAGAUAUCAUCCAAGAGUUUUCGUUUCGACGAGCUUUGUUGGUGAGAAGUCAAAAAUUAUUAAGGGAAGCUUCAAAAGGUAAAUCGGGAUCGGUUUUCGUUGGGAUUCACGUGAGAAGAACCGAUUAUAUCGGAUACUUACAAAGAAAGUUGCAUAUAAACGCGGUCGGGAUGGGGUUUUAUCGAAAGGCGAUGGGGUAUUUCUUAAAUAAGUAUAAAAAUGUUACUUUUAUCGUGGUAAGUGACGAUCCGGGUUGGUGCCAAGCGCAUUUUAAAAGUUACGAUAACGUUUAUAUUGCUAGUGAGAAAAACAAAGCGGCCGAUGAUUUGGCUAUUUUGGCGUCUUGUAAUCACACGAUUUUUGAUUAUGGUACUUUUGGUACUUGGGGGGCGAUUUUAGCCGGUGGGGAAACUGUUUGUUAUAAUUUAACUCAUCAUAUUUCUACUAAGAUUGUUCAAAUUUUACCUAAUUGGCAUUUAAUGAAAUAGGUUGUUUUAUUAAGUGUUUUGUAAAUGUGUUUUUUGGGAUUAAUUAAUCGUGGAAGUUGGAUUUUUUUUAUUGCUGUUUAUUUAUAAUGUUUUUCUGAUAUUAAUUCAUAGUUCAAAUGACAAUCACAAAUAAUUUUGAUUUAUUUUUAACGAAAUAGGGUCAAUGCAUUGGUUCUCGACCAAUUAACAAAAAAAUCAACUUUGAAUAUAUUUUAUACACAUUUUUUAACCAGAAGUGAGAGUGGCAAUAUCCAGCCAAAUCUAUAUUAUUACCAUAUUAUUAGCUUCCGAUAUUUCUGGUGGUUUUUAUGACCCUCAGAAACAGUAGUGGCAGUAAUUAUUACCCCGAAAAAGUACCUGGACGUGAUUUUUGAUAGGUCCUCCUAGUGAACUAGGUCCAGGGACGCACAUUUUUGCACGCUAGAGUUUGGGAUUCGUAAACUACCUGUAUACAACCCCAUCUUUGUUCGUUAUAUGACUGCAAUUAAGUCAUAAAAACCACCAGAAAUAUCGGAAACAAUAGGUGGGUUGAAUAAAACAGUAGUAAAUGCUAAUUCUACAAUACUGAAGUAAAUUCUAUAAUUGUGAAGCAGGUUCAAUUCUAAUUGCAGUAGAUACUUCGAUAUUUCCUGGAAGUUAUUUACAACAAAAUUAACAACUUCCUGUCUAGAAUCGGCGUUUUUGAAAGUUGUUUCACCUCAGUGACGUCAUCCGCCCAAUGUAAAAGGAUAGGGAGGGGUGUCAAACAAAGGCUUGGGGGAAAAAUAGGUUGGUAGCUAGAUCUGGUGACUGUUUAAAAAAAGUAGCAUAGAUUAGUCUAAAAAAAAUUAUUAGACUAAAAAAGUUAGAAUAGAUUGCAUUAUUUCACAUUUUUUAUAAAUAUUUGGACCGUUUAUUUUGAAUGUGGUGUAAGUCCAUUUUCUCUUGUUUCGAGAAAAUUAAAGGUUAACAUAUCUGUUAAUUAAAAAAUUUAGGCAAAUUAUAUCAAGUCUGGCAAUAUUUCUACUGUUUUAUCAAUAUACAGUGUGUCCCCGGAUUGUGUCCCCUUAAGGUAUAA